AUGAAUGUGGUGACUGAAUUCCUCUUUAUUGGGGGUGAAAGCGGGCUGAACAAAUUCUACCCAGCACUAGCAAUCUUACUCCUGGUGGUCUACCUGAUGAUCCUCAUUGGAAACCUCAUAAUUUUGACCCUAGUGGUGACAGACCCCAAACUACACACUGCCAUGUACAUUUUCCUCAGCAACUUGUCUCUCAUAGACAUAGGAAUCACAACCAAUGUUCUCCCUAAGAUGAUAUCAGUGUGUUUGUGGAAUGAUGUAACUAUCUCUUACUCAGCGUGUUUCAUCCAGAUGUAUGUGUACUUGUCAUUGGAAUCAACAGAGAGCUUUCUGCUGUGUGUCAUGGCCUAUGACCGUUAUGUCGCCAUCUGCCAUCCUUUGCGCUACAACACCAUUAUCAAUAAGAACGUGUGUUUUUUACUGGCUACAGCAGCAUGGACAUGUGGACUCUGUUUACCUGCAUAUGUUGUCAUUUUAACAUCACAAUUGCCCUUUUGUAGCAACAGAAUCAAUUUUUGGUUCUGUGACCAUCCUCCUGUAGUUUCACUUUCCUGUUUGGACACAACAUUUUUGAUAAAUGUGGGUAUUAUGUGUGCUUCCAUAGCUAUCUAUUUCCCGUUCACUAUCAUUAUAUGGUCGUAUUUCAGAAUUAUUUUAGCUAUUUCCAAGAUUUCAUCUUCAGAGGGACGUAUGAAAGCCUUUUCCACCUGCAGCUCACAUCUCACUACCGUCCUCAUUUUCUACAUCGCUCCCUCCUGCAUCUACAUCAGUGCCAAAUUUAAAAAUGUUCACUGUAAUGUUCUCAUCUUGAUAUCUAUAUUCAACUGCUUUCUGACUAAUAGUAUGAAUCCUAUAGUCUACAGUUUCAGAAACAAAGACAUAAAGGCAGCUCUGAGGAAACUGUGCUGUCAUGGUGCGGUGAGCAGCAGCGCCACCGUGCCAUAA